AUGGCGUCGAUGCAACAUUUUGAAACCCUAGAAAUGCAAGCCAAGAAACUCGUUGGCGAUGAACCAGUACAUCUGAUAAAUCUCCUAUACGACCUCUCCUCCUCUGACAACACCGUUCGCUCCAACGCCGAAUCGGUCUACAACUGCUGCAAGAGAGAGUACCCGUACUCUCUCUCUAUAGGACUCGCUUACCUCCUCAGGGGCAGCACUAUGCCAGAGACUCGGACCAUGUCGGCUCUCCUACUCCGCCAACUUCUCACUCGCUUCCGUUGGCCUCAAAUCCAGUCUCAGAUCCAAGACACUUUGAAAUCAAUCUGCAUUGAAUGUCUCGAAACUGAAACUUCACCGGAAGUUUCCAAGAAUCUGUGUAAUUUGGUCUCUGAUAUCGCGAAGAACCUUUUACCGAGAUUUGAAUGGCCCGAGCUUCAAUCGUUUAUGCUCACAUCUCUAUCGUCUGGUUUAUCUCAUGUUCGCGAAUUGGGGCUUUUGUUGUUCAUUGAAUUGAUACCACAUUAUGCUGAAAUAUUCAGUCCUCAUGUGGAUACUAUACAUGCUGCAUUUUCAAGGCUUCGGUGA